CAUUAAUAAUAAAUUUAUGGUUAGUUUAAUAAAAAGUUUAUUAUAUAUUUAGAUUGACCAACUUAUUUUCUCAAAUGAUUCUAAGAAUCAUCCUACUGAUGAUACAUGACUACAAAAAAAUGUUGUAAUGCUUCUCAAUUAAUAUAUAAGAGAUUGACACUGAGGUUAGGUUUUCAAUAGAACUAAUGUUUAAAAGAGGAAAAAUUGCAACAGGCUAGCCAAAUUAUAAUGUUGUUCUCUCCUAUAAAAACUAAAAUGAAUACACAACAAAAAUAGCAAAUUAGCAUAUUCUGUAAAAAGAAAAGAAAAACAUCCAGACACACACUUAGUCAAAAAAAAAACAUACAGACAUAUACAAACAAAAUCGUUAAAUCUAAGUUAGAAACGAAAAUUAUUUGGACAGAAAAGGAAGAAUUUUAUAACCAAAUAAGAAUGAGAUUAGAAGGAGCCUUUGUCCUCACAUAUCAAAUACGCUCAUUCACUGCACUUCAGUCUUGACUACUAUAAAUACCCUCCGACUCCUACUCCUCUUCUCCACCAAACAUCAUAUUCAUACCAAAAGGGAACACUAGCUAAGAGAAUAAUAUACUCACAUUCUAAUAAAUUUUUAUCUAUAAACCUUUAUACCAAUCAAAUCAUGCACUCAACGUUAAGCGAUGUGUUCAUAUCGCAUCCCAUUCACAUCCCACUCUCAAACUUACCCGACUUCACAUCCCUCCGUCACCUCCCAGACUCCUACACAUGGACCCCCAAAGACGAUCUCCUCUUCUCCGCCUCCUCUUCCGACGAAUCUCUACCGUUCAUCGACCUCUCCGAUCCCCACGUGGCCACUCGUGUUGGCCAUGCUUGUACCACGUGGGGGGCAUUCCAGAUCACAAACCACGGAGUGCCCUCACGGCUUCUCGACGACAUUGAGUUCCUCACUGGAAGCCUUUUCCAGCUUCCCGUCAACCGGAAGCUCAAGGCGGCUCGACGGGAGGAUGGCAUCUCCGGCUACGGGGUUGCUCGUAUUGCUUCUUUCUUCAACAAACAAAUGUGGUCCGAAGGUUUCACAGUUAUUGGUUCCCCACUUGAUGAUUUCCACAAACUCUGGCCCAGGCAGCACCUCAAAUACUGUAAAAUUAUUCAAGAGUAUGAGGAGCAUAUGCAAAAGUUGGCAGCCAAGCUGAUGUGGCUGGCAUUAGGCGCACUUGGAGUUGAAGAAAAAGACAUUGAAUGGGCCGGUCCCAUUUCAGACUUUCAAGGAGCACAAGCAGCUAUCCAACUAAACCACUAUCCAAUAUGUCCAGAACCGGACCGAGCAAUGGGUCUCGCAGCACAUACCGACUCAACUCUCUUGACCAUACUGUACCAGAACAACACCGCCGGUCUCCAAGUUUUCAGGGAUGACGUGGGCUGGAUCACCGUGCCACCUGUCCCUGGCUCACUAGUGGUCAACGUCGGUGACUUACUCCACAUUUUGACCAACGGAAUAUUCCCGAGCGUGCUUCAUCGAGCUAGGGUUAACCACCUCCGAUCUCGCUUCUCCAUGGCUUACCUGUGGGGUCCACCUUCUGAUCUAAUGAUCUCUCCGCUUCCCAAACUCGUUGAUCCUCUCCAUUCUCCUCUUUACCCAUCUCUUACUUGGAAGCAGUACCUUGCAACCAAAGCUACUCAUUUUAAUCAGUCUCUUUCCUUUAUUAGAAACUAUCUGUCUUCAGACCAAAUAUCUUGAUGUUUACAUUUGUACUUUCAUUAUUGUACAGCUUUUAUCUGGGUAAUAUGAUUAAUAAUUAAUAUUUUAUUUUACCUCA